AUGUCGUUGAAGAAAAUCGCCCAACUCGAAGCCGAUUUGGAAGAAAUGAAAAUGAACAAAGAGGUCGAGAUUAGUCGAUUGGCAGCAAAUAUGGCGAUCGAGGCGAAUUUGAAAAUCGCGAAGAAAAACGACGAUCUCGAAGCACAAUUAAGAACUCAAAUUAUGGAGGUGAGGGAAGGAAAGGCCAAGAUUGGAGAGCUCGACGGGAAAAUCAACGCGUUGCAGAGCAAAAACUUUGAUCUCGAAACCCAAAUAAAUCGAACGAUGAAUCUCUCGGAUCCGGGUGAAUGGUCGUAUUUGGCAAAAACCGCUUCUUGGUACAAGGUUAUCGAUCAAUAUAUGACAUUCGAUGGCGCCGAGGCAUAUUGUGCGAGUCGAAGGAUCGAUUUAGUCUCAAUUCACAGUCAGGAAGAGAACGAUUUUGUUUGUGAACUCGCGGAAACUCUUGUGAGUUCGAAAACUGCUAGUUCGUUGGAUGGUUUCUGGAUAGGACUGAAGAGAAAUCCGGACAAAGGAAAUGCUUUUGAAUGGACGGAUGGAAGUUCGGUGGAUUUCAUUUAUUGGGAUUCGGAAGAGCCGGGUUCGAACACCCACGCUAAGUUUUGGAGCUCUGAUGGGAUAUGGGGGACCUCUCAUCCUACCAAUCAUUUUCCUUUUAUCUGCAAAAGGAACUCUCAAUUCUCA